GGCGCAAAGAUCGAGUAUUAGUGUCUGGUCUGUCGUCCAUGUGACAUUGACUUAACAGAGGCACAAUGAGACUGACCGCUUUACUAUCGAUGGCAGCCAAGGUUGUUGUGCCCAAAGAUUACCGCUACGGCACCAGCAGACCGUGGACUGUGGCUGCUAAGAUGCGAAAUCCUCCGGGGAAGAGGAGGAAAAAGGUGUUCGUGGAGCCGCUGGAGCCAGAGGACUGGACUCUGCUCAAAGGAGACAGAGUCGAGAUUCUUGCUGGGAAGGACAAAGGAAAGCAGGGAAAAGUGACCCAAGUCUUUAGACGAAGAAACUGGGUUAUUGUGGAAGGACUCAACACU